AUGAGGAAGAAAAAGCACAAAAAGAAUCUCGAUUCACCUUCCCGAAGCUCGGAUUCGACUGAGUCUUCCCCACCUCCGCCUCCGUCAGAUCCCCCAGCCGUCGCAGAGCUCAGCUCUGAAAUGGAAGUUCCGCCAGUAGUCUCCCCGGAGCCUACCUCACCGUCCGCCUCAAUCGAAGCGCAGGACACGCCUGGUCCGGUUUCGGAUACAAUUUCAGAUCUGGUUGAGACCACGGUUUCCCAGAUCCAGACAGGAACAAACACUUCUGAGUUAGAAGAGAAAUCUUCAGACCCGGGACUGUCUAACAAGUCUUCGAGCACAGGAGCUUCUCCUCAAUUAGAAGUGACUGCUCAGACCUCUGUGAAAGUUACCCCAGUGGCUGCUCAAAUGGAAGCGUCUUCUCAGAUGUCUGCGAAAGCUACCCGAGUGGCUAACCCAGAUCCCCUUCCCAACUCGUCUACUCCGACGACAAACUCCUGGUCCGACCUCUUCAAGGGUUCUGAGAAACGUCUGAGUAAAAAGGGUAAACCGUUCAACCUCGCUUCCGGCCAAUUCUAUUCGGACCCUCCCUCACAAGGAACCAUCCACAACAUAGUAAAUGGCAUAUGGAGCAAGUACUACAGAGACAUUACUCUGUCUAAGAUGGAGGGAUUCUUGUUUCUUUUCAGGAUCCCAAAUGCGGCAACUCGUAGUAGAGUCCUGGAGCAGAGACUAUGGCAGAUCGAGGGGCAAACAAUGUUCGUUGGAAAGUGGGAACCAGGGGUUAUACCAGUAAAACCAGAAUUAACCUCUGCACCUAUUUGGCUUGAGCUCCGUGAAGUCCCAUUCCGAUGCUUCAAUGAUGAGGCACUUGAGAGGAUAGCAAGUGCAGUGGGUGAACCUAAGUGCCUUCAUCCUUCCACUGCAAACAAGACGAACCUGGAAGUAGCUAAAGUCUUCACGCUGAUUGAUCCCCGAAAACCGCUCCCGGAGGCAGUCAACGUCAAAUUCAAUUCAUGA